GGCAGUGUUUAGUGUUUGUUGUGUUAGGGUUCUGUGAGGAUUGUGACGGAGCCCUGGACAGUAAAACCCGGUUUUGGUUCUUAUAUCAGAUGCAGUAUGGCACAGAGCAAUGUGCCUUUCAGUUCAGUUAGACCAUCUAGCUGCAGGUCUCCUGUAAAUACCCAUGAUACUUCACUUUUCAAGAACAGACCUAGGCCUGAUCGUUGUGUAUCCUCAGUAGAAAUACAGAAAAAAGGAGAUACUGCCACGAAACACACUCAGACCUGGAACAUAAAGAUGCUUCAGAAUCAGAAGGAGGAUGAUAGUAAUGAAUGGAUAAGCUCUGAAGAAUGGCUUAAGUGGAGGAGUUUGGAGAGUUGUGGACUUUCUCUAUCACACCUUUUGUCUCUCUGCUCCACAACCACUGGGUCAGAAAGUGAGGACAGUAUUAGACCAGAACUGGAGAUCGACUCAGAGACCCUCACUGAAUUUGAGAUGCAGCUGUACCAAGUGAUUGAGAUGUACCACAGCAGAAUACGAUGGCUCACUCAAGGCAGCAGAAAGAUGUUUGGAGUGGUGACAGGAUCCAGAGUUGCAGUUUUAAUCGAUUCUUCAGAUGUGAGCUGCUCUGAAGAAAGACUGGCAGAUCUUCAGCACAACCUUCUACUUCUUGUUGAGGAGCAGUUAUGCAAGAAGAAACAGCUGCACUUUAUGUCAUGUGGUACUGAUGUCACCAGCCUGUGGGAAGAACCAAGACAAGUCACCAGGCAGAGGCUGCAAGAGGUUCAGGAGUGUGUUCUACGUCUGAUACCGAGCGGAGGCUGCAACCUGCUGCAGGCUUUAGAGAGGGUCCAGAGUCACACACAAAUCAACAGUUUGCUCAUCGUUCUCAGCUCUUGCCCUGACCUGCCAGAGGAACUUCUACUUUCCUACAUGGCUGAAGUGGUAGAUGCAACACAGCUCUCUGUUCAUGCUGUUUCCUACAACACCAGGAGUCCAUCUGUCAUUGAGAUGGUAAAGAACAUUGCGAAAGUUACAGGAGGAAGAUAUCAUCUGUUCUCUGCUUUACUGGGUGUGGUGGACAGCAGUAGUGACUUAGAGCUUCUGUGGGCUGAAAUUAAAGCCGCAAGAGAUGUUCUUCACUACAUUCAGAAAAUGAGACAUGGGCGAUUUGAAAAUCUCCUGGUUUUUGUGGUAUCAGAGGUGAAACCCAGUAACCCAGAGAUCUCCACAGAUUUGGACAGUCUGUCUUUGUGUGAUGUAAACUCCCACAAUAAUGGUGGAGAUUUGUGCAUCCAGUCCCCAAGCCCCCUGCCAUCUACUUCUGCUGAGUGGCUAAAAACCCACAGCCUAAAAGCUAAGAAGCUUGGAUUGUACCAGGUGCUGGCUCCUAAUGUCUAUUCUCCACUGGAGAGCUUUGUCCCAAUCCUGGGGAAGAAGGUUCACUCCAAAGUGCAUGAGAAAGCCAUGGUACAGUUUAAGUGGCAUGAUGGCACAGUGAAGAAUGUGAAUGUCGAUCUGUCCUUACUGCUGAGGUACCAGAAGCAGCUGCUGGAGGCUGAGCAUGUGUUGGAAGACAGGCUGAUGUGGUUGAACAGUAAAGGCAGUAGACAAAUCUGGGGAACAGUGUGUGAACAAAGGGUACUGGUUAUUUUAGACAUGUCCAAAAUGAGUGUCCACUACCAGCUGCACAUCCAGCAUGCUGUCCGACUUCUGCUGGAGGAACAACUACCCAACACUCACAGCUUCAACAUAAUUGUGACUGGAUCAGAUGUAAAACUGUGGAAGGAGCAAAUGGUUCCCCCAACACAUGAGAACCUUCAGGAUGCCUGGCAAUGGAUUCAGGGGUUGGAGUGUGAAGGAGAGCAAGACACACUGACUGCCCUCAAGCAUGCUGCUGAAACACUGCUACACAGUGACUCGUCUCUGACCCGGGGAGUUUAUCUUUUCACCAUCGGCAUGUUAGAGCAGGAAAUGUUGGCCCUCUCUUCAUACAGAUCCGAGUUCUGCAGCAAUCCAGAUCUGCUGGUUCAUGUGUGCUUUUUCACCAUGGUCGACAAGUCACUUCAAAGCCAGCGUUCCCUCCAGGUGACCCAAGCUGAAGCUGCUCAAUUCCUGCGCAACCUGGCACACAUGACAAAUGGCCGCUUCCACUGGAUAACUGACACAGGCAUAGUGGAGAGUGAUGACAUCAUUGCAUUGAUUGGAGAAAUGGAAAAGGCUGUUGACGACUGGCAGAAGUGCUGUGAGUUGAUGGAUUAUUUGGUACAGCAGAGCUCCAGCAGUGAUGCAGAGGAUGCUGCUACUCAAGAGUGUCAAAGCCCAGCUUUGUACCAUAAGUCAAGGACACAGAAGCAAAAAUUACCCUCUCCCAGAGAAACCAGACUUAGUUUGGCAAGGCUGGUUGUUUUGUUCUCACAGAACAGAACGGAGGCAAAGAAUUCAACAACAUGGAGACCAAACAGCGCUAAAGCAGUCAUCCCACCAGUCAGUGAUGGUUUGGAACCAGCCAGGCCAGUCAGGUUUGCUAAACCUAAAGAGGUCAAAAUAUCUCAAUCCAUGUUCUUCUUGGAGAAUGGAAGCCUGGGUUCGGUUUUUAACACAUACCUCAAACCAAAGUGUGUGAAGAAGUUUAGCAACACUGUUAGUCUUCCAAAACACGAGGAUGUAUUGUCUACAAAACAGUGGUUGAAACAGUUUGGUAUUAGGAAUCUGAAACUAGACCUUCACAAACUGGUUUCUGGUCCAGAAUGCACCCACCGUAAAAAGAUGGUGCCAGCUAUCUACAAAAGUGUCUCUGCCAAGUACUGUGCCAUUUUUCCCAGUGUGCAAAUAAAUGGCCAUGUGAGGCAUCUGUUCCUGAGUGCAGGUGAGUUAAAGCAGUACCUGAUUCAGACUGAGGCGGCUCUGCAGCGAUACACUCAGCGGAUGCAGUGGUUACUCUCAGGUAGCAGAUGUGUGUUUGGCUGUGUGUUGGAGAAGGAAGUGUGUAUUGUGCUUGAUGUUUCGGGCUCCAUGGCCCCCUGCAUUCCCAAGCUACAGAAAGAACUGGCCUCACUCAUCUGGGAACAGCUACAUGCCAACCGUGUCAGGUUCAGCAUGGUGGCAUUCUCUGAGGAGCUGCGAGUGUGGCAGGACAAGCUCCUGGAGGCCUCGGAGGAGAGCUGCAAAGACGCAGUAACAUGGCUAGGUCAGCUCAACACUCAUGGUGGGACCUCCAUCCUAAAUGCACUGCAGAUGGCAUGUGGGUUUGGAGAAUCAGUCGGAGUGUAUCUGAUUAGCGAUGGAUGUUGGGACUGUAGCUGUAGUCUGGUGUUGAAGGAAUUGGAAGGAUUGACAGCGGGAAAACACAUCACAAUUCAUACAGUCACACUGGACUGUCAUGACAGCAUGAACAGAGAGUUUCUGAAGAGCCUGGCCCAUAAAACUGGAGGUCGAUUUCACCAGACACCAUCAUGUGCAGACACAGCCAAGACUGUUGAUGGAGAGGAUGCAGCUCUCCCAGGGUUUGAAGGUGAUGAUCUGAAGAGACUGAAAAAUGAGAUUGAGAAGUUGAGAAUGUUCCACAAACAAGCCAAAUCAUUCAGGGAAAGUUUGCUAGCGAAGAACCCAGAAGCAUCAAGAAGCUUGAAGUAACAGAAUUAUGACUUAUUGUUAAACCAUGUUUUAUGGACUGUAACAGGUUUAAAUCAAUGAUACUACCUCAGCAUUUUGGUAUAAUUAUGUUAUUUUAAUAGGGCCAAAGAGGAUGUUUAUACACCGAUCAGCCAUAACAUUAAAACCACCUCCUUGUUUCUACA